AAACCCAAAACGACUCCGUAGAGCAAAGCCAUUUGUGAAACACCCGUACGGGCGGUGACGCCACUCAGACUCAGCACUCAAAACGCAAACAAAACAAACUGUAGCCAAACAAACCAAAACCAGAACCAUCUAUCAAUCAGAGAUCAUGGAAGUUCCCGGAUCAUCGAAGAAGAUGAUAGCAACGCAAGAGGAAAUGGUGGAGGCGAGAGUCCCCAUUCCGUACAGAGAUCAAUGUGCCCACUUGCUCAUCCCUCUCAACAAAUGCAGACAGACCGAGUUCUACUUGCCGUGGAAGUGCGAAAACGAACGCCACUCCUACGAGAAAUGCGAGUACGAACUCGUCAUGGAACGUAUGCUCCAGAUGCAAAAGAUCCGUGAAGAGGAGACCAAAUUGAAGACUUCCAAGGGCGCCGCCAUCCCUCUCAUUCCCAAAACUGCCAACGCUUCCUAAUCAUUUGCCUUCUUCUUUUUAUUUGAUGGAAGCAACUGCUGAAAUGUGGAUGCUUUGAUGUUUGUUGCU